AUGGCUUGGAUUUUUCAAACCUUUUUUUUCAUUCUGUUAUUUUCUUCAGUAUGUAGCGCUUGCAACAAGGAAAUCUAUGAAGGAUUGGAUAUGCAAGGUACAACUUACAAUGUAACCACUGAAGCCAGUUAUCAGCAUUGCCAACGAAGAUGCACCAAUGAGAUUCACUGCCAAUUUUUCACAUAUGCCUCGUCAUUAAAUCAAGCAGCAGACCUUCGCAAAAAAUGCUUCCUGAAGCAUAGCACCACAGGAACACCAGCCCAAAUAAAAGUGCUUAGCAAUGUUAUAUCAGGAUUCUCAUUAAAAACUUGUCAACUUGCUGAAACAGACUGCCGUUUGGACAUUUUUCAACAUCAGAUGUUUUCUGGAACUUCCAUUGAGAGGGUUUUUGCCCCUGAUGUUUUUGUAUGUAGAACAAUUUGUACGUACCAACCCAACUGUGUAUUUUUUACCUUUUACAGCAGUGAGUGGCAGGCAAAAAACCAAAGGUAUAUUUGUCUCAUGAUGACAUCAAAAAGUGGAAUACCAGAUGGUUUCAUAGAGGCAAAAAAUGUUUUGUCUGGCUUUACUCUCAUAAACUGCCGGAAAAUUAUACCUGCCUGUCAUUCUCAGAUUUAUCCCAAUUUAAACUUUCUGGGGACGGACCUGAAUGUGGAGUAUGUCGAUGGGCCGAAGGCAUGUCAGAAACUUUGUACAGACACUGUCCGGUGUCAAUUUUUUACCUAUUUUCCAAGCCAAGCUUCUUGUAACAGAGAACGUAACUGCAAAUGCUACUUAAGAAUGUCAACUCAUGGGUCUCCGCACAGAAUAGUUUCUGAGAAUGAAAAGGUUUCCGGCUACUCUUUGAGACUUUGUCAAGUGAAAGAAAGCCCUGUAUGUGUGCAGAAACCUUUAUUGCACUCGAGGGUUGUUGGAGGAACAAAUUCUAGUCUUGGAGAAUGGCCCUGGCAAGUCAGCUUGCAUGUGAAGCUAUCAAUCCAGAAGCAUCAUUGUGGUGGAUCGAUUAUCAGUGAUCGAUGGAUAUUGACCGCUGCUCACUGCACAGAAGACCUUCUGAUACCUGAUGUUUGGCGGGUCUAUAGUGGAAUUCUGAAGCAGUCAGAGAUAAACGAAACUACCCCCUUCUUCAAAGUGCAAGAGAUUAUUGUUCACCCUGAGUAUGAGAUUUCAGAAGAAGGAUAUGACAUUGCUUUGAUGAAACUUGACAGACCCAUGAGUUUUAGUGAUUUACAGCAACCUCUCUGCCUGCCAGCCAAUGAAGACACAAAGGAGAACAUGGGAUAUACCAAUUGUUGGGUGACUGGAUGGGGUUACACCAAAGAGAGAGGUGAAAUACAAGAUGUUCUACAAAAGGUGAAUAUCCCCCUAAUAACAAAUGCAGAGUGUCAGUUGCGAUACAGAGACUUCACAAUACACAAUAAGAUGGUUUGUGCUGGCUACAGUGAAGGUGGAAAAGAUGCUUGUAAGGGAGAUUCAGGUGGACCUCUGUCAUGUAAGCACAAGGAAACCUGGUAUCUAGUUGGUAUCACCAGCUGGGGUGAGGGAUGUGCCCGUCCAGAACACCCGGGAGUUUACACCAAUGUGGCUGAGUUUGUGGAGUGGAUUCUAGAAAAAAUUUCAUAG